AUUUGGGACUUCCAAAGGGGUUGAUGUCAAUACGCGACGACAACUAUAGAAAGUACACAAAACAUAAAUGGAUAGAGAAAGGUUUUCCUUGCUCCUUUUGGAACCAGGAGAGGUCUAUUUUGAGGACUUUUCUGUGAACAUUCUGAAGCCGGUCAUCGUGGAUGAGAAUCGUCGGACAGGGCGCCUCAAACUUUGCUCCAAAUCUCUGGUGUACGACCCUCGAGAUAUAUCCCAGCCCAUCAUAAAGAUUCCCUUCAGGGAAUGCAGUGACAUCAGUUGUCCGCCAGGAAACCUUCAGAAAUGUGAAACUAACGUACUCAUUAUAAGAUGCAAUCAAUACAUUGAAAUGCUGGAGAAUAACACAAUCGCACCAUACAAAUUCUGUGCGCAACCUAUGGAAUUCCUCUUUGAAUUCAACUACGUGGGGGUGGAUGAUUGCUUGACGAAAAUCAGUCAGCUGUACAGAGCUUCCAGUUUACAGCCAUGCGAGCAGAAUAGUAUGAUUGCCACAAUAGUUUAUUCAAGGCACAAUCGUCUCAAAUUUGAUCUUCUGUGGCUUGAGGAUGUCUACGAGGAGGUAAUCACGGACUUCCAAGUGGAUGAAAUAACACCUCUUGUGGUGAAUCCCGGACGAUUGCUGCUCUCCAGUAAAGCAAUAUAUUUCCAGCCCUAUAACAACAUUCAUCCAUACUUUGUCAAAAAAAUCAAAUUGUCACAGAUUAAUGGCUUCCUGAAGCGUAGAUUUCUUCUUCGGCAAGUUGGCUUGGACAUUCAAUGGCGAAAUCAAGAACGUGAUGAACACUUGUACGUUUCUUUUCGACGUGAAAGUGACCGGGAAUCCUUCUACGAUGUCACUCGAAAGCAGAAUGAGUUUUCUUACACAGACCCAGAGCCAGAAAGCAUGAUUCUCAAAUGGCAAAAUGGACUCAUAUCCAAUUACGAUUAUCUUCUCUACCUCAACAGCUUGGCCGAUCGCACAUUUCAGGACUUAACGCAAUAUCCUGUAUUUCCUUGGGUAAUCAGCGACUAUAAAUCUGAUCAUCUAGACUUGAGCAAUCCGAAAAUCUACAGAGAUCUAACGAAACCAAUAGGAGCCUUAAAUGAUGAACGUCUGGAGAGGCUUAUUGAGCGCUUUGAGGAGAUGGCUGAACCCAAAUUUCUCUACGGUUCUCAUUAUUCAACACCCGGUUUUGUUCUCUUCUACCUUGUUCGGAAAUAUCCGAAACUCAUGCUAUGCCUCUGCUAUGGGAAAUUCGAUCACCCUGAUAGAAUGUUCAACAAAGUCCAGGAAGUUUUUAAUAAUUGCUUGAACAACAUGAGCGAUUUUAAGGAACUUAUCCCCGAAUUUUACGACACGGAUUCAAAGGGAGAUUUUUUGGUGAAUUCCUCCAAGAUAAAUUUUGGAUGUCGCGCUGACGGGACGGUGGUUAAUCACGUCAUCCUGCCACCUUGGGCAAAAGAUAGUCCAGAGAUGUUUGUACGAACUCUUCGGGAAGCUCUUGAGUCGGAGUACGUUUCACAGAAUCUCCACCACUGGAUUGACUUAAUAUUCGGCUAUAAACAACGUGGUGAGGAGGCCGUAAAGGCCAACAAUUUAUUCUACCAUCUCUGCUAUGAGGGAGCCGUAGAUCUGGACGGUGUAACGGACAUGGCAGAUAGACAUGCUCUUGAGGUGCAGAUAUCUGAAUUUGGACAAAUCCCCAAGCAACUAUUUACGCGACCGCAUGUUCCGCGAGUUGUCACAAAUGUACCAUGCUCGUCGCCUAGUACUCCCAUGUCCCACGAAGAUGAGCUGCAGCCUCUUCUCACGCAACUCUCACUGGACAUCAAAUAUUCAGCGCACAAGGAUGUCAUUACGUCAAUUGCCAUCGAUGGGAAUUGCAUAAUCUCAACGGGAAAGGAUGGUGUGCUUAAAUGCUAUGACUACAAAAAGCAAAAACAAUUAAGAAGCGUUCCAGUCACGUCCAUGCCAAUCAGUUCUUGCAUCAAACUUCCUGGUGUCAAUGUCGUUGUCGUGGGAUCUUGGGACAAUUCAAUCAUAUCUUAUGAUUUAGACUAUGGCAGACCAACCAAUGUUAUUACAGCGCAUGAUGAUGCAGUUUCUUGCUUAGCCUAUUUGAAGACUUUGGGAUUAGUGGUGUCCGGAAGUUGGGAUUGCAGUGUCAAGAUCUGGAAAGGCUUUGAUAAGGACUCUUUGUCAACAUUCCGAAUAUCCGAAUCAAUGAAGGCAUAUUUGUCACUAGAGGACAAGGUCGAAUGCUUGGAUGCUCAAUUCAGAGAUUCAAAAAUAAUCGUGGUGAUUGGAAAUAAUGUAGGUGAAAUAAUUCUGUGGACACUGGAUGCGUCGAUUGGGAGAAAAUCUCCAGACCCCAAUGAAAGUUCUGCACAAUCUGUGAUACUCUCCACAAAAUCCCCACUAAGUGGGAUUGCUUUCAAUGGGAAUGGAACGAAAGUAGCAAGCUGUGACGUGGCAGGCAUUUUCCGGGUUAUCUACAUAUCUGAGCAUCAAAUGGGCACAGUGAUCUUCCAGAAGGAGCUCGCCAGUACUUUUACAUGUCUCAAUUGGACACUCAGUGAAACGCAAGUACUCGUUGGCGAUACUCGGGGGCUCAUUUACGUCUGGGAUGUUCACAUUGGAAAAAUGUCUCUAGAAUGUGAAACCCACAGUGGACCCGUUUGGUGCAUCACACGAACACCAGAUAGAUCUCAGAUUAUCACAGCCGGUUGUGAUUCUCCCCGGGAUACAUGCAUCAAAAUCUGGCAAGCGAGCUACAGUAAAUCUCCUUUAUAGUAGUGUAACUCAAUCUUCAUGGAUGAGUUUCUGCUAAUGUGAGCGAUUAAUAAAUAUUAAGACUUAAAAAUAUACCUACUCAAA